AUGGACUUCGACUUGAACAUGGAUUUUUCGUUCUUGAAUGGCGAUGAUCCAACAUUAGGCAUGGUAUUGGCGGCUGAUGAUAAUUCAUUGUGGGAAAAUUUUUCACCGUUUUUGGAUGACUCUGAAAUUGCACCGGAAGCAGCUGAGGACACAUUCUGCAGUAAGAUGAUUUCACAACUUGAAGGACUUGAACAAUGUGAUGAUCAUAGCUAUGCUGCCCUGUCACCGUUGAGUUCACCUCGUCAAGGAUCAUUAAGUCUUGGCAGUAAUUCGCCAACGAAUACAUCAGGCUCUGAGGCCUCAUAUCCGCUCGAUAUUCUGGAAGCGGCUAGUCAAGAAUUAUUCACUCAAACUUCGUUUGAUGAUGUAAAACCGGAGGUGACCUCACAGCCAACCACUACAACCGCAUCAAGCACCACCAACACUCGUCCUCAUUACGCACCAUACCGGCUACAAUCGCUCUCCAAUCAACAGAAACGUGCACCAACUCUUACGACAACUCGUUCAAUCGCUCAGCGACCAGCUCCCGUUGUCAGAUUCAAGCCUGCACUUCGAAAUCCGGCCAAUAUCUCUCUUAAUGCACCGUCAACAUUCUCCUCACCAUCUUCAUCAACUCUCGGAUCAACGCACACUAAUUCGAUUGUUAAAGGACCUACAGGCGAGCGACAAAGAAAAUAUCCAGCCCUAAUUUUGACAGAAGAGGAGAAGAGAUUAUGCAAAAAAGAGUCAAUUCUGCUACCAGAGUUCUAUCCAUUAACAAAGGCGGAGGAACGUGAUCUUAAGAGGAUUCGACGAAAGAUCCGCAAUAAAAGAAGUGCCCAAACAAGUCGAAAACGCAAACAGGAUUAUAUCGAACAGUUGGAAGAUCGUGUUGCUGAUUGUAGUCAGGAGAAUCAAGAACUAAAAGCACAGGUUGAAUUGCUCACUCGUCAGCAUCAGUCAGUACUUUCGCAACUACGAAAACUACAAGCAGCACUUGGGCAGAGCACCAGACGAGGAGCGCAAGCAGGUACAUGUUUGGCGGUUCUGCUGUUGUCAGUAUGCCUCCUUGUUGCCCCUCAUCUAAACCCUCUGCAAACCAAACAAAGAGCAGUAGAAUCAGACGAGGCCACCCGUGCUGCCGCCCGCCAACCGCACAACCUCAGUCUUCAGGAAGUACCGAGACGAGCUCCUGCACAAGCUCGUUCACGAACAUUGAUGGAAUACGUUUCGAAUGGGGCCCAGUGCCCUCAGGUGCCUGAGGCAUCGAUUCCCACGGAGCCACCAGCGGCUCCUGUAAAACUGAUCAAACAGGAUGCUCCGUUGGUGGCUAAGCGUCGAACUUUCGCAUCAGCAACACCUGUACCGAAUCCUGGAGGAGGAAUUAACUAUCUACAUGAACCGAAGCUCGAGUAUUCGUCGGAAGGUAUGGUUUAUACGACAGGAUCGGGUGGUGUGCGUCUGACGAAUUUUACCAACCAACGAAUCUACAGCACACAUCCGCACAAUCAUCAACAACAAUACCGUCAGGAACCGUCAGUGAAAAGGAUCAAAGCCGAGCUUUUCUGA